GCGGGGCUACUGCGCAUGCUCCUGAUUACUGUGGCAUGCUGGGAAAUGUGGUUUUCAUGUCACAUUCGUCAUGAUAUUGCCGUUGUGUUUACUAGCAACUCGCAUCCUAUUGGAGCAGCGGGAUCACGUGACGACCGCGCCUCGACCCGCGGGCCAAAAUCUUCCUCCGCUCAGAAGAAACUAGUACCGUUUUGCGGCCCCGAUCUCGGGACUCUUGGGGGGUUUUGAGCUCUGGACUUUUACUGAUAAGCAGGCAACACUCGUGUUUGGAGGAGAUGGACCGGGAUCAGAACCAGGACCAGGAUCAGAUCCAGGACCAGGAUCAGAACCAGGACCAGGAGUCCAGCAGCAGGACCAAAGCGGACUCUUCCUCCGCUGGUCUGCAGAAACAUAAAGCCAAAGAGAGAAAAAAUAGGAGGGAUAAAUUCCUCACCACUUCACCAGGUCUGAAGGUCCGAAAGAGGAUUCAUACUGAAGAGAAGCCGUACACCUGUGAUCAGUGUGGGGCAGCUUUUACCACAUCAAGUAUUUUAAGGCGUCAUCGGCGUAUCCACACUGGAGAAAAGCCGUACAAAUGUGAUCAGUGUGGGGCAGCUUUUACCCAACAAGGUAAUCUAAGGACUCAUCAGCGUAUUCACACUGGAGAUAAGCCGUACAGAUGUGAUCAGUGUGGGGCAGCUUUUACCGAACAAGGUAAUCUAAGGAAUCAUCAGCGUAUUCACACUGGAGAUAAGCCGUACAGAUGUGAUCAGUGUGGGGCAGCUUUUACCGAACAAGGCAGUCUCAGGCGCCAUCAGCGUAUUCACACUGGAGAUAAGCCGUACAGAUGUGAUCAGUGUGGGGCAGCUUUUACCGAACAAGGUAAUCUAAGGAAUCAUCAGCGUAUUCAUACAGGAGAUAAGCCGUACAAAUGUGAUCAGUGUGGGGCAGCUUUUACCCAACAAGGUGAUCUAAGGCGUCAUCAGAUUAUUCAUACUGGAUUUAAGCCGUACAGAUGUGAUCAGUGUGGGGCAGCUUUUACCAAGUCAGGUGAUCUAAGGAGUCAUCAGCGUAUUCACACUGGAGAGAAGCCUUACAGAUGUGAUCAGUGUGAGGCAGCUUUUACCCAUCAAGGUGAUCUAAGGAAUCAUCAACAUAUGCACACUGGGGAUAAGCCUUACAGAUGUGAUCAGUGUGGGGCAGCUUUUACCCACCAAGGUAAUCUAAGGAGUCAUCAGCAUAUACACACUGGAUUUAAGCCUUACAGAUGUGAUCAGUGUGGGGCAGCUUUUACCAGACAAUGUAGUCUAAGGCGUCAUCAGCGUAUUCACACUGGAUAAAAAAUUGUCUGUGAUCAGUGUGGGGCAGCUUUUACUCGGAGAGUUCAGUUAAAGGUACCAAUUUAG